AUGGUGGAAAGGUGGAAGAAAGGUGUUUUGGUAGGGAAAAAGGGAGGAACAUGUACUACUCCAUCGCCUACAUGGAGAUUUGAACCUCCUUCUCAACAAAAUAAUGCUGUUUCAACUUCAACCGUUUCUGCUAGAAAGCUUUGUGCCAAUCUCUGGCAAAUUCAACAUGGUGGCACCACUCCCCGCCACCGCCGCAAAAACAACUCCUCUGACCAGACUGCGGCGCAGUUACUUAAUGUGCUAAACAGAAUAUGGAGUCUUGAAGAGAAUGAAGCAUUGAAUAUAUCUGCGGUGAAAGCCUUGAAAUCGGAACUAGAUCGAUCUAGAACACGGAUGAAGGAGUUAGUACAGGAGAAGCAAAUGAACGCGCGAGAAAUGGAGAAGUUAAUGAAGAAAACGACGAUGGAAAAGUUAGUUAGAAAGAAUAAAGAACGCGAUAGAAUUAAAGCGGCUGUACAAUCGAUUCAUGAAGAGCUUGAAGAUGAGAGAACGUUGCGAAAGCACGCUGAUAGCUUGCGUAGGAAGUUAGCUAGGGAGGUUUCUGAAGUGAAGUCUUCAUUCUCUGGUUGCUUGAGAAACCUUGAGCGAGAGAGGAAAGCGCGGAUUCUAUUGGAGAAUAUGUGCGGCGAGUUUGCCAAGGGAAUAAAAAGUUAUGAACAAGAAGUACGUUGUCUUAGGCGCGAUUCUGAAUAUGUUGAAGUUAAAGAGAAUGGCCUUGAUCGGUUAGUACUUCAUAUUUCAGAAGCUUGGCUUGACGAGCGCGCGCAAAUGAAGCUAGCACAAUCUGGCAGUGAUGUCGUUGAGAGAUUUUCGAUUGUUGACAAGUUAGGUUUUGAUAUAGAAGCAUUUCUUCAUGCAAAACGUUGCGUGGAUUUUAGAAAAUGCGGUUACUCCUCGCCGGAGAAGCUCAAGGAAAUUCAUCCUAUGGAUUUGUUUCCACCGCAAGAUGCUGCAAGUGGACCUCAAAAUAUGGAUCAGGAAAAUUCCAUUGGUAGUGACUGGUUUGAACCGAAAGAGAUCAUCACCGUUGAAGGACUCAGAAAACUCGGCUCCGGACCGCGAAGAGACGACGCUUCUGAGCUCCAUCGAGAGAAUAAAGGAAGAAAAAGUUCAAUUAGGAAAGAGGUUAUGUCAAAGAAAAUCACUGAGAGGAGCAUGUCACGUAACGAUAACAAUACGAGUUGCUUGGUGAAGAAGAAAUCAAGCGAAAUUAAAGAAGACAACAUAAAACUGUGGAAAUCGAAGUUGAUUGCUUCAUCAGAUUUUGGCAAAACCGAGUCUUCAACCAAAUUGCCAAAGGGAGUAAAGGAGAACACAUUGAUGGCAAAACUACUUGAAGCAAGACUAGAGAGACAGAGAAUAAAGUCCAAAGGUGGAAAAAGCACUUCUUGA